AUGGAACUCGAGAAGCAGAGCAAGGAUCCUAAAGAGAAAGCAUAUCACAAAUUAAUGAGAGAAAUCUUUAAUACAAAGAUGUUUUAUGAAGCAUCCAAACAAGAUAGGUUUGAAUCCCGAGCAGAGUAUUAUAAAAAUAAAAUAGAAGACUGUGUAUUCGAGUACCUUUCUCAAGUGGGAGAAAAUAAAAAAGGAUGGUUAUCUCGUGGAGCAGUUGGGACAUUGCGUCAAGUAAUAACUUCGCAAAAAGUAUUGGAUUUGCUUGAUAUAGCUGAAAAUAAAGGACUCGAAAGUCCCAAAAUACAAACUUCAGAUACUGUCCCAAUUUGUACAUGUGAACAUGCGGAUGAAAUCAAUUGUUACAUUAAGAAAGAGUUGAAUGAUUUGUCUCGAGAAUUGCUUGAAAACAGCAAAAAAACUUUUGGAUCUCUUAUGCAAGAAAUCACUAAACAGUUUGAGGAGCAGGUUAAUAUUAAUAAUAAAUUGCGCAGUGAAAUAGAUCGACAGAAGUUGUUAUUGCAAGAGGACAGAAAGAAAACUUGA